AUGUCGUCAUCUUCUUUACUUUUUCUUAGUAUUACACUAUUAGUUCUAAUACUAACAGUUGAAUCAGUUUAUUAUGCAUAUUCAUAUGAAGAUGGUAAUAAUAAUGAAGAACAUUGUUGUCUGGCACGAGUACAUAAGAACUUUUGUGUGGCAAGACCGAUUACACGUAGUUUAGUGCAAGUUAAUAAACAAUGCCAUCGAUUUGACAGAUCUCAACAUCAUCGAUAUGGUAGAAAGAAUAGAAAUGAAAAAUAUUUAGACAAAAUUGUAAGCCGUUUAAAUGUGCAAACAUCACAAGAAGUUGGUGACAACAUACUUAUUGAAUUAAAAAAACCGUUAGAAAAGAAAAUACUUGAAAAUGAUCUUAUAUGUUUAACAUCAACUAAUAAAAAUAUGAAUUUCGACAAAUGUUAUGUGGAAAUAGUUGACGAAUUAGAUGAUGAUAAUGAUGAUGACGAUGAUGAUGAUGAUCAUCAUAUGUCACAUGAAACCCAUAGACGACGAGGACAUGGUCACCAUCGCUGGCAACAUCGUCAUCAUCAUGAUUAUAAAAAACGUGCUGCUGAUAAAGAUGAUCAAGAAGAAGAUAAUGAUGUUAAGGAUAAUAAAAAUAGUAAAGAAAAUGAAGCUAAAAAGGAAACCACUCGAAUUGAAUUAGAUAAACCGAUUCAUAUUCGUGAAGGUCAUGGUUUUUCAAUUCGUCAAACAUAUAAAAUUAAUCCUAGUAUUAUUCGACCAACAAAUCGUGAACAACGUCAAUGUUGGUCAUGGUAUCGUAAACAAACACGAAAAAUACGUCAUAAUUCAUCAAAAUAUCAAAAAUCUUGUACUAAUUUACAUGAUCAUCGUGAAAAAUGUAUUAAUCAACUUGUUUAUAAUACAUUUAAUACAAAUGAAACAAAUAGUGAUGAACAACAACAAAAUACAAAAAAUUUUUUUCCUAUUGGAUCAAAAUUGUAUUGUGAAAAUCAAGCUGGUUAUAAUAGAUUAAUUGGUUAUUUUCGUCGUACUGAAGUAUGUUUUCAUGCAGAUGAUCAAAUUAAUAUUGAACAUAAAUUUAUGGAUAUAACUGGUUUAUCUGAUUUACGAAAAAAUAAAGAAACACUUGAAUUUAUAGCACAAAGUAAAAAAUUAACAGCUGAAUUUGAAGAUGAUUGUCAUGAUACAACAACAUUAGUUGAAAUAGCUGAAUUAGAAAAAACAAAGAUCAAAAAAUGA